AUGUCCCAGGAGGCGAGCCUCCUCCGAUCGCCUGGCGACCUGGGCAGCUUUGAGCUGCGCUUGCCUUCAACCUGCCUUUUUGAUGUCAUUUGCAGUGAGGCGUGGCCCACGGACGAGGCCCGGAAGAAGCGGGACAGCCCGGAGCUCCGAGGGGGGCGCGAGGAGAUGGCGGCGGAGGCUGCUGGUUACCGCGCUCUGCUGCCAGGAGAGAGCAGCUUCCCUGCAGAGCAGGCCUUUGCCUCCUUUCGCAUUCCACGGUCUCAUUUGUUCUACGCCUCCCCCAGCGGCCUCACGGUGGCCUUUGUGAAUCUCAAGCCCUUGAUUCCUGGCCACGUGCUGGUGGUCCCUCGGCGCACGGUGCCGCGCUUGGCAGAUUUGUCCCAGGAGGAGUUCGAUGACCUCUUCCGCUCUGUGCGAGUGGUGCAGGGCGCGUUGGAGUCGUCCUAUGGUGCGGAGGCCAGCCGUGAGUGGCGACGUGUCUAG